AUGGCUAAUUUCACUAUGAGUGGAUUUCUUCUGAUGGGAUUUUCUGCCAACCCUGAGCUAGGACUCUUCCAUGCUUCUCUGUUUUUAGUUUUAUACAUGGUGGCAUUAACUGGCAAUAUCCUCAUUAUCACUGCAGUUUCCAUGGACAAUAGUCUCCACUCACCUAUGUAUUUCUUCCUGAAACAUCUCUCCUUCCUGGAUCUGUGCUACAUUUCCGUGACUGUACCAAGGUCCAUUUACAACUCUUUCAUGCAUAGUGGGUAUAUCUCCAUAGGUGAAUGCAUAGUGCAGUGUUUUGCUUUAAUUCUUUGUAGCUCUGCUGAGCUCUCCAUGCUGACAGUGAUGUCUUACGAUCGCUACGUGGCCAUCUGCCUUCCCCUGCACUACGAAAUCAUCAUGGAUGUCAGCACCUGUGUUCACGGGGUCUCUGGAGUCUGGGUCAGUGGGGUCAUUUCUGGAACCAUGCACACAGUUGCGACUUUCUCCAUGCACUUCUGUGGUUCCCAUAUCAUUCACCAGUUCUUCUGUGACAUCCCCCAGCUCCUGAAACUCUCUUGUGCUAAUGAAUAUAUCAGAGAGAUUGGGGUCACUUGCUUUGUAGCUAUUAUGGUCUUUCUUUGUGUCACCUUAAUUGGACUGUCCUAUAUCCAGAUAUUCUCUACCGUGCUGAGGAUGCCAUCUGCUGAGGGUAGAACUAAGGCCUUUUCCACUUGCCUUCCCCACCUCGCUGUUGUCAUUUUAUUCAUUUCAACUGGUGUCUUUGAGUUUCUGAAGCCACCUUCUGACUCUCCUAGUGCACUGGACAUUUUACUCACUAUUAUGUACACAGUUGUGCCCCCAAUACUCAAUCCGAUGAUCUAUAGUCUGAGAAAUAAAGCUAUAAAGGCAGCGCUAAGAAAGGUUUUCCAAAGAACAAAAGCUGACCUCUCUUGUUGA